AUGCAGCCCCCUCUCCUCCUCCUCUUCCUCUUUCUCCCCAUCCUCCUCCCUGGGAUGUGGGCAAACCCAGAGGCAGAGCCGCAGGUUUUGCAGCUGCUCCAGACCAGCCUCUUUGCCAACAUCAGCUCUGCCGAGGUGUCCGCGGUGGCUCUCCUGGGGGACAUGCCGAUCUUUGUGCUGGAUCCUGCCAACUGGAGCAUCCAUUUCCACUGGCCCUGGGUCCACCAGGCCACAGCCGAGGGUGAUGCAGAGAAUAUCAAGUCCCACUCCAAAGUCUUUCUGCGCAAUAUGGUCCGAUACGUGCACGAAGUGGCCCAGCAGGCGCAACAGGACUACCCAUUUGUGAUCCAGAUCCGGUCAGGCUGUGUGCUGCACCCCAACAGGACAAGCUGGGGCUUCAUGGAUGUCGGGGCGGAUGGCACAGACCUCACAGCUUUCGAGGUGGAGAGGCAGCGCUGGGAGCCCCGGCAGCCAUCCCUGCUAGCAAAGCUGGUCAGCAAGUCCCUCACCAGCCAGAAGGCCAUCACAGGGCUCCUGGAGCACCUCCUCUCCAUCUCCUGCCAGAGCUACAUCCUCACCCUGUGCAGAUAUGGGAGGGCAGCUCUGGAGAGACAAGAGCUGCCUGUGGCCAGAGUCUUCACCCGCACACCCACACCACACCAGCUCCUGCUGGUUUGCCGUGUCACCGGCUUCUACCCACGGUCCAUCAGUGUGGCCUGGCUGCGGGAUGGCCAGGAGGUGCCGCCGGGCCCAGCGCUCAACACCAGCACCAUCCUGCCCAACGCUGACCUCACCUACCAGCUCCGCAGCGUCCUGGCCGUGGCCCCCCAUGAUGGUCACAGCUAUGCCUGCCGCGUGCGCCACAGCAGCCUGGGCACCCGCAGCCUCCUCAUCCCAUGGAAAAACCACAACGCUGCUCCAACCAUCGGCAUUGCCAUCACAGUGCUGCUCCUUGCGGCCACAGCCUCUGCCGGGGGUGUUUGGUGGUGGAAGCACAGGCAAGUUGAUGAGGCCACAUGGGAGACCCGGGAAUUCAUCAUUUGA